CCCGUAUUUCAAUUCUAUCGAUAUCUUCAAUAUAGGGCCAUGAGUACCAUCACUGUAUGCAUUCCCAGUUCUCGAAUUAGGGGACGUUUGGAUUCGCCGAAAAAGUUUAUUUCUAAUUUCAGCUUCUGCUUAAAUUCGUCUGCUUUUUUCUCAUUUUCCAGAAGAUUUUUCAGUUUCAGUACGUCAUUUUCAGUGAUCAACCGUCCGUUGCUCAAAGUUAACGCUUCAUCUACCGUAGGUGCACUGGAGGGAGAAUUGGAAGCUUCAUUUGCUGGAAUGGUUGGAGCUAAUGACUUACUGAUUGUUGGACCAGGUGUUCUAGGGCGCAUGGUGGCUGAGAAAUGGCGAGAGGAACAUCCAGGCUGUCAAAUUUAUGGGCAGACUAUGACAAGUGAUCAUCAUGAUGAAUUGAUCAAAAUGGGCAUUACUCCAUCUAGAAAGGGAACCCCUGUCAGUAACAAGAUUCCUUAUGUGAUUUUCUGUGCUCCUCCAUCGCGGACUCCAGAUUACCCUGGUGAUGUUAGGGAAGCAACAUUAAAUUGGAAUGGUGAAGGCUCUUUCGUAUUUACUUCAAGCUCUGCUCCCUAUGACUGCAGUGAUAAUGGAUCUUGUGAUGAGGAUACUCCAGUAGUUCCAAUUGGGAGGAGCCCCAGAACAGAUGUUCUUCUCAAGGCAGAGAAAGUAGUGCUGGAGGCAGGUGGUAGUGUUGUCAGACUGGCCGGACUCUACAAAGGCGAUAGAGGUGCGUAUACAUACUGGUUAGAGAAAGGGAUUAGCGAUGUUCGUCCAGAUCACAUCCUUAAUCUAAUACACUAUGAGGAUGCAGCUUCACUUUCAAUCGCAAUCUUGAAGAAGAAACUCCGUGGGCGGAUCUUUCUUGGCUGUGAUAAUCACCCUUUAUCAAGGCAGGAAGUCAUGGAAUUGGUUGAUAAGAGUGGAAAAUAUGGCAAGAAGUUUGGAGCUUUUACUGGAACAAAGGAUCCUUUAGGUAAGAAAUUAAACAACUCGAAAACUCGUGCAGAAUUAGGCUGGGAACCGAAAUAUCCAAGCUUUGCUCAUUUCCUUGGUGUCUCCGAAUAACUUUUGCAAUUAACCCAUAUUGUCUGAGAAAAUCAAUGAAGCAUCUCAUUUGCAUGCCUUGAAUGUGUGUACAUUCUAAGCGGGGUAAUUAUGAUACCUUGUUAACGUAAAAAAUCGUGCAUUGGUUCUUGAUUUGUCCAUUCUUUGGUGUAUUUGGUCCCCGUUCUGUAAUAAUCUCAAAUCUUAUGUGAUAGCUUUUCUUAAUACGUAAAGUACUAUCAAAUUCUCUCGAUGAAACAUGCCGUCAAUGUAUCUACCUAUAUAUUAUCAAUUAGGAGUGUGUAGAACUUAUGCGCUAGAACUGAAGGAUUUAAGUAUUUUGGAACCAAAUUCUGUUUA